AUGUACCUCACGAAGCAAAUAAACGGGGUCGAAAUUUGUUACGAUGAAUGUGGAACAGCCGACCGACCUGCUCUAGUCCUCUUGACUGGAUGGGCGCACGACCUUCGUCUGUAUGACGAGCUUUUGCCCUAUUUAAGCCCCAAAUACUGGGUCAUCAGAGUUUGCUGGCGGGGACAUGGCCCUAAACGCGAUAAUAUCGAAGACUUUGGAGUUGAAGAGCAGAUCAGCGACACUAUCGGCCUGCUUGACUCUCUCGAAGUCGACAAAUUCUACCUUGUCUCGCAUUCACACGGCGGCUGGCCUGCACUGGGAAUUGCCGACAAGCUGGGAAGAGACCGUGUUCUUUGUCUCUUGAUGAUUGAUCAGAUCAUGACCCCGCCUCCCCCCGAAUUUGCCGUGGGACUCCAAGCAAUGCAAGCAAAGGAAACAUGGAAAGCUGCUCGCCAGGGCCUAUACGAUAACUGGAAAGCGGGUAGCGACAAUAAGGCGGUUGAGAAUCAUUAUAUUUACUCUUUUGGAAGCUUUGGCCACAGAAUGUGGGCACUUUCCUGUCGAGUCAUCGCCACGGCCUAUCAAACAUACGGCACGCCCAUGCACCGUAUGGAAUUGAUCCAAAACCCUCCACUCAUUCGGCAUAUAUUCUCCCAUCCGCUGAAUCAUCCUGAGUAUCGAAAGCUGCAUGAAGAGCUCAGCAGAAAACACUCUUGGUUCUCCUUUACGGAUCUCAAGGGCGAGACACAUUUCCCUAGUCUUGAAGUUCCCGAGAAGGUUGCCCAACAGAUUGAUCAGCUUGUCCAGGAAGCUGAUGGGGAUAGCUAG